AUGGCAGCUGUUUGGCAACAGGUUCUUGCGCUGGAUGCAAAAUAUAACGCGUACAGAGCACCAAAUAAUCCUCAGUUUCGUACAUUGUAUAUAAAAAGGCGGAGCCAGCUAUUGAGAGAAAAUGCUAAAACAGAGCAUGAUCCAUCAGUGAGGAGGGAGUACAUGAAGAUGAGAGCCCAACUACUUACCGCCAGAUAUGGAAGCCUUCCAUUCUCAGACCAAGGGAGUAUGAGAAGUAGAACCGUCAGCCUAAGAAGUGUGAGCAGGAACACUGCUGAGAGUAUGGACUCCCUGAACCUGGGUGGCAAUGAUGGAUGGCUGGGAAAACACCACAGGAGACACCUCAGUAGCGGCUCCAUGAAACAUAUCUACGACAGUAUAGAGGUGGUGCCGACAAGUGUAGCAGAGGCUAGCAGGGCCAUGGCAGGCGGGAAGACUGUUUCUGAGAACUAUGCCUUUGCUGGGAUGCAUCACAUCUUUGAUCAGCAUUCAGCCUCAGUCAGCAGUGUGAAGUUUGCCAAUGAUGACAAGUCUAGAGUGGCUUGCUGUUCUAUGGAUGGCUCUCUGUCCAUCUGUCAGGUCAUUCCGCCACCAGCCACGGUUAUUUGUAUGCUCAAGGGACACACUAGUGGGGUGAUGGACUUUGUUUGGUCGUUGUCGAAUGAUGUGAUCCUGUCGGUGUCACUAGAUGGCACUGCUCGUCUGUGGGCAGUAGCGGCAGGAUCGUGUAUGAGGGUCAUCAAUAACCCCAUGGAGUGUGAGAUCAUGAGCUGUGUAUUCCAGCCUCUCAACAACAACAUGUUUGUUAUUGGAGACAUCCGCUGUAAUGUGCAGGUGAUGAAUAUGUCUACUGGUAAACCCUGUAAGGGUGGGAGCAGUAAGAUAACAGGGAGAGUGUUGUGUUUGGCCUUUGACCCAAGUGGCAGGAUAUUAUGGUCUGGAGAUGACAAAGGAUUCAUUCAUUCAUUCACCUUUGAUGUGGCGUCUGGAAAACUAAACAAAGCCAAAAGGAUUACAGUCUGUGAGGGUCAUGCUGUCACAUGUAUAUCUGCACGGUCAUGGAUAAGCCGGGAGGCCCGUGACCCUUCUCUCCUCGUCAACUGCUGUGUGAACUCUCUCUGUUUGUUCAAAAUUGUGAGUGAAGAUGGAGCUCUUCAACUGAAGAGGAAGUUCCCGAUCAAACAGAGAUUGUCUACAAUCCGCAGUGCUUUCUGCCCCCUCAUGUCCUUCAGGCAGGGUGCCUGCGUCAUUUCUGGGAGCGAGGACAUGUGUGUUUACUUCUUUGACAUAACAAAGGAGAACAAACCAUGUGUGAAUAAACUGUUAGGCCAUUCUGCCCCUGUACUGGAUGUGUGCUUCAACUGUGAUGAGAGCCUGCUGGCAUCAUGCGAUGCUCAAGGAAUGGUCAUUAUUUGGAAGCGGGAAGGAAAACAAAACAUGUUGUGAUAGGAUGCGGAGCGAGAUAUGUGGGAGGAGAACUUCAUUCCACUUUUGUGAUACUCGGUGUAAAGAUGUCUGCAUGUAGGUACAUGUACAGAGAGCUGCUGGCAGCAACGUCUUUCUGGAAGCAAAGGAAAGUCAGUACUUUGCCCUCAUCAUAAUGCCAGCUUUGGGAACAACGCCACCUUUCUUCUUGUGAAUUCAUAAUGAGCGAUUAUAGCUGAACUGAACAGUCGUGAUAAAACUUGAGGGAUUUCAGUGUCAGGCCACUGAGUUGCUGAUAACAGAGCCUAACUUAAGCUGCUAGAAGAAUCGUGAUGUAAUAUGUGUCAGUAUACUUAUAGUGCAUGCUUUGGGAUGGGAUUGUCGACUUGAGAGACAUGAUGUUCAGUGAAGGCCGAGUUCAACAUCACUGGUGGAGAGCUGACAAUUCCUGAUAGCAUGAACUGUAUGUUAUAUAAUACUGAAAAAUAAGUGUGCGUGCUCAGUUGGUUCAUUAAAUUGCUAAAAUAUUGCCUUAUCAGAGGAGCAAGCUAUUCUGUUGUUUACUUUACAAACAAGCAGAUGUCAAAGAGCACACAGUGGAAAUAACUGCAGUAGAGUAAAAGCUCAAGAAUGUUGGAUAUUACAUAAUGAACUUGGGAUAUUCCAUUGUACUCUAGAAGGCUGAUGUUACUUUGCUUGAGAGCAUCAUCGUCAUGUCAUGCUUUGCGGAAUAUCAUGUAACAGUGUACUGACCAAUGAAAAUUAAAAAUCACUCUAUGAGGUAUAAUAGUGGAGAUUUCAGUACAUUGAGCUGGUUGUGAGUGAGGGUGGCAUGAGAGUGGGCCAGAAUUGGGAGGGUGUUAUUGAGAGCUGGUUGUGAGUGAGGGUGGCAUGAGAGUGGGCCAGAAUUGGGAGGGUGUUAUUGAGAACUGGUUGUGAGUGAGGGGGGCAUGAGAGUGGGCCAGAAUUGGGAGGGUGUUAUUGAGAGCUGGUUGUGAGUGAAGGUGGCAUGAGAGUGGGCCAGAAUUGGGAGAGUGUUAUUGAGAGCUGGUUGUGAGUGAGGGUGGCAUGAGAGUGGCCAGAAUUGGGAGAAUGUUAUUGAGAGCUGGUUGUGUGUGAGGGUGGCAUGAGAGUGGGCCAGAAUUGGGAGGGUGUUAUUGAGAGCUGGUUGUGAGUGAGGGUGGCAUGACAGUGGGCCAGAAUUGGGAGGGUGUUAUUGAGAGCUGGUUGUGAGUGAGGGUGGCAUGAGAGUGGGCCAGAAUUGGGAGAGUGUUGUUGAGAGCUGGUUGUGAGUGAGGGUGGCAUGACAGUGGGCCAGAAUUGGGAGGGUGUUAUUGAGAGCUGGUUGUGAGUGAGGGUGGCAUGAGAGUGGGCCAGAAUUGGGAGAGUGUUAUUGAGAGCUGGUUGUGAGUGAGGGUGGCAUGAGAGUGGGCCAGAAUUGAGAGGGUGUUAUUGAGAGCUGGUUGUGUGUGAGGGUGGCAUGACAGUGGGCCAGAAUUGGGAGGGUGUUAUUGAGAGCUGGUUGUGAGUGAGGGUGGCAUGAGAGUGGGCCCGAAUUGGGAGGGUGUUAUUGAGAGCUGGUUGUGAGUGAGGGUGGCAUGAGAGUGGGCCAGAAUUGGGAGGGUGUUAUUGAGAGCUGGUUGUGUGUGAGGGUGGCAUGAGAGUGGGCCAGAAUUGGGAGGGUGUUAUUGAGAGCUGGUUGUGGGGGAGUUUGGCAUGAGAGCAGGCCUUAAUUGGGAGGGAGUUAUUGAGAGGGAAAACUGUAUGUUACAUUUACCGCCAGAGGUUGAAGUGUCCAAGCUAAAUGUUCACCCAGUCGAGGCGGUCUUUGUCACAGAGGUUGUGAAGCGAGCGAGGUAACAAAAGACGACGAAUACUGGGUGAUCAUCUAGCUUGGACACCGAAACCAAAGGUGGUAACUGACUUACACAGUGGUUUCACUCUUGUUUGGCAAGAGUCAUUCGUUUCAUGAAGUGGCCGUGUUAGCGAAUAAAGUUGGACACAUUUUUUAUAAAGGUUAUUACAAUUUACCUUAAUUAGUAUGUAUGCGACACACAUGUACAGGCUUGUAAAACUAUGCAUUUCUUUAGCAUAUUAGCUUUAUUGAUGUGGUCUUAUAUGAAGCUCUUAUGAUGUGAGGUUUAUGAGUUUAAACCUACCCAAUAAGUUAAUUUACAUUAUCUUGAAAGAAAGCUACAAAUUCCUAUGUUUAUAUAGCCUUCAAACACUUAUUACCAGCAGAGCUUGAUCUAUUGAGGGACUCAAGGAAAAUGAUAUUUUUCAACACGGCAAAUUUUCUGAACAAAUACCACAGGCUAAAAAAAAUCCCCACCAAUGUACUAUGUCCCGAUUUUAAAAAAUUUUCUGCAGAUAUAUGAAACUUUAAAGCAUUAAUAGAUAUUUUCUAAUCAUUGCAAGUAACAAAUUUGCUUGAAAAAAUAAAUCCAGUGGGUAAUGAAUUUUAAUCCGCUAUACUGAAAAUUGAAACGUGUUUAUCUUUGUUUUA